CGUUCGUGGCGGUUCGUAAAUUGUGAUUAAAACGUGUUAGGACGUGUUAAAUUACAUGUGAAAAUAUUGUGGAAAUAAUUUGCUGUAAGAAAAGCACGUGCGAGAUUGUCAACAGUGCAGAGGAAAACUAAGAAAUAAAGAGAUUAUAAGAAAAAAGUUAAGCAUAAGGCAAAGAAAAUCGUUUAAAAAAUAUAAGAAGUGCAGCAUUGCGGGCGACUUGCUGUGCAUUGGUUACAUUAAUAACGGCAAUUGUAGCAACAAAAUCAGCUCUCGUUACAGCAAAUGAUUUCUAUUUGUUGCUUUUGUUAGCUGCAGUGCCCUUUUACAUAACCUCAUUUACACGCAUCGAGUAUUUUCUUUGCAAAUGACUAAAUGCAUUUCAAAUAACGGCACAUAAAUUAGUGUUAGUGUUUUGUUGUUUAUGUUUAUACAGUUACAUAGAAGUGCUGGUUACACUAUUUUGUGCGCUUUUAAUAAUUGUUUGAAAACUCGUCGACUUGCCACAACUGUGACUUUGUCAAUAACGAUUUUUUCAGCAAGCAGUUGGAGUGAUUGCAAGCUAUUAUAAUUACUUGAACGACCAGUUUUCAAAGUAAGCGGUCGAACAAAAAUAAACACAAUUACAGCAGCAGUAAAAAUAUGGCAUUGAUAAGUGCAGAGCUGCCGGUAACACAUCUUAAUGGCGUUGCAACAUUUGGGAUCCCAACGAUGCUUUCCGAGGUUACCGAACUGCCCGCCGUGCAAUUGGGCGAGUAUACGCUGCAAUUUGAAUUGGGCGAACCUACAGAACGUGCCAAGGAAGUGGCCCUAAAGGAGCUACGCGAAACGCCAGAAAAUAAAGAAGCGGCGACUAAAGAACUAAGGCAGUUAUUGGAAGCCCAGACAGACUUGCUUUACCCAAAGGACAAUGAUGAAUGGCUAGUGCGAUUCUUGCGGCCCUGCAAAUACUAUCCGGAAAGUGCGCGUGAUUUGAUUAAACGUUACUACGCCUUCAAGCAGAAGCACGCCAACGUCUAUGACGGCCUUACGCCGAGCAAAGAGGCGAACAUUUUCGAGCACAACAUACUCACAGUUUUUCCGAAUCGCGAUCAAUGCGGUCGGCGUAUCUUGUUACUCGAGCUGGGCAAACGCUGGAAGCACAAGCAAGUCACACUCGAUGAGGUCUUCAAGGGCGCUGUACUAUUCCUCGAGGCGGCCAUGUUGGAGCCGGAGACACAAAUUUGUGGCGCUAUUGUGAUAUUCGAUAUGGACGGUUUGAGCUUGCAACAGACCUGGCAAUUUACGCCGCCCUUCGCCAAGCGCAUAGUCGAUUGGCUGCAAGAUUCUGUGCCGCUGCGUGUCAAGGCCAUACAUAUUGUGAACCAGCCGAAGAUUUUCAACGUUGUCUUUGCGCUCUUCAAGCCAUUCUUGCGUGAGAAACUGCGUUCGCGUAUCUAUUUCCACGGCAAUGAUCGCGAUUCGCUGCACAAACACAUCUCGCCGAAAUGCUUGCCAGCCACGUAUGGUGGCGAUUUGGAGUUGAAACGCGUCGACGGCAGUCAGUGGUAUGAAUUGCUGUUGUUGUGCGAUAAGGAGUAUGUGGCGAUAAACUCGUAUGGCUAUAAAAAGAAGUAAGCUGCUGUGGGAGUUUGGGGUUAAUGGCGCGGUAGCGCAAGCUUCGGGUAGUGAAAAAGUGUGUAUAACUUCUGCUAUGUUGCCAAUUUUCUGAAAUUAUUGUCGAACAAAAAUAUACCACAAAAGCACUGCGUGCAAUAAAAAAAAAACAAAUUUUUACAAAUAAAUGUCUACAAAUUUCCAAAUUGCUUAAGUGAUAAUAAUUAUAAAUUUUCAAAUAGCUAUAAGUUAAGUGUAUUUAAGCUGUGGAUCAGACAUUUUCAAAAACGUAUAAAUACAAACUGUCAGGCAACACAAAAAUCAGUCAGACAGCUCAAAAUCUAAAAGAAAAAA